AUAUAUAAUCUUGGUCCACAUCGAAAGGCUAGUGGAAUGGCUUCCAUGGCAUAUGUUUUGAGGUUAACUGUAUUGAUUAUGGUAAUCAUAGUUUAUUUUCAGCCACAAUUUCAUUUUUUUUUUUUUUGUAACGAGAUAUAUGUGACCGGUUCACCGGUUUGUGCGCCUCACCGAUCUGAUCCAAAUGCCGAUUUUUUUUGUAUUGCUUGGCUGGUUUAAUUUCUUGGUAAUAACCCCAAAAAAUCCAUACCGCGCACAGAGCAUGUAGAGCAGUGCCGCUACUCACAGGGAGAACUGACAGGGGGUGUCAGGGCAAACACGAAGGUCAAGGCAUAUGUAAAUAAGGCAAAAUGGUCAGCACCGUGCAGAAAGUAUAAUUCAUCUGUUGGUCAUGUGACAUAAUGCAAAAUCCCAUGUUUUGUAUUGUACUAAGACGUGCAAUGCAGUUCAGCGUGCCAAAAUAUCAGCUUGUUCCAUUCUCCAACUUCCAUAAUGAAAAUUGCACAAGGAAGCCGAAAGCCGGAGAGACAGACAGCUCGCCUUUAAAGUAAAAGUCACGCGUUUGGGAGGAGAACUAAGAACAACUAAAUAAAUAGAUACCUGUCCAACAGUGUCGCUACUGCUUCAGGACAUAACCAGCGCUAGCAAUACUAUUUGGUUUGUAAACUAGCUAGCUGUCGCGUCUACUAUUAUAUUGCAAUUCUCUGGAUACAUAUAAGUCACAUGACACCAAGGCCCGGAAAUAAACUGUUUGGUAGAAUGGGUUGAACCAGGUUGAACAUCAUAGAAAUAUGGGGGCGGAAACGAAGCAAGGAGCCCUCUGCUCCCCACAGUCAGUCAAAAACGCGAAGGAGACCUUUAUUUAGUUUGGGGUCUACAAUAAACUGUUCCAAUUUCACAGUUGUCAGUAAUUCACCACGCGAUUUUGUAAAAACUGCUAUUGGACCCUCAUGCCAAAUGGAUAAAGACAGGCUUGCAGCAAGCCGUGGUCCGUGCUCUUGGUUGGAGAUGCACCAGUUCAUUGGAGACCUCAUGGCCUCUAGCACAUCGGCUCCUAGCUCUUCACCCGGUCAUCAACAAGGAAAAGACAGCAAUCAACAAGAGGCUCUGCGCUCUUCUUGGGAAACAGCGGGUCAUGAGGCUCUCGGCCUGAAAGCUGUCCCCUCCUCCCAUGUCCAGUCUAGACACCCCCAUGACAAAGGCACUCUGGUCUGUGGUUUGCAGCCCCUCUCUUUACCAGUGGAGAGGAGUGGACAGGCUGGAGAUGAGGAGGCGCAACAGUUUCAACACAGUGGAUGCAACUGCCCAGGCUGCCCCUUCUCUUCCUCCUCCUCCUCCUCUCUCAUUCUUCCGACUCUGAAGCCCAGAGGGCUCCCUUCUUCAUCAUCACAUCCCCAGCCUACCCGUCAGCGCCAGGCCAAAGACCUGAACCCCUCCUCAGUCAGUUUUGGCCUCGCCCUGGGCCUGGGCCUCUCAUUGGAGGAAGAACCCAGCCACUCAUCCGGAAGUGCCAACCCCGAACCCAGCCAACCCCAGCAGCAGGAUAAAGGAACAAACACCCAGAGCUCGGCUCCUGCCACAACGGGCUGCCCUCAUCCCACGCAGAUACCCACCUUCCCUUGCCUGUGCUGCCACCGCGGCUUCCAGACGUGUGCCCAGCUCCUACACCACCAGCAGGGUGCGGGAGCCCACCUAUCCCACGCCCACGCCCAUGCCCACCACCACCACUUCCACCACCACCACUGCCCCCUCACGUCCUGCCUGCCCUGCCCGCAGCUGAGACCCCCUCCGUCCUCGCAGUCCCCACCGCCAUUCCCCUGCCUCUCCUGCCAGCGCACCUUCUCGACCUGCGCCCAGUUGCUGCGGCACCAGCAGGGCCACGCGCAGCAGGAAGGCCUGCAGCCGCAGCAGCACCCGUGCAUGCACUGCAGCGCCUCCUUCUCGCGCCCGUCGCAGCUGCUGCAGCAUCAGCGCGCGCAGCACGCCUCCAAGGCCGGCGGCUUCCUGUGCGCCGAGUGCGGCCGAGCCUUCAACUCCCACAGCAACCUGCGCAUCCACCUGAACGUGCACACCGGCGCCAGGCCCUACUCCUGCCCGGACUGCGGCAAGAGCUUCAGCCAGUCGGGCGCGCUCAAGAUCCACCGGCGCAUCCACACGGGCGAGAGGCCCUACACGUGCGCCUACUGUGGGAGAGGCUUCCCGCACCUGGCUGGCGUGAGGGCACACCAGCGCACGCACACGGGGGAGAAGCCCUACUGCUGCCCGCAGUGCGGCAAGCGCUUCACGCAGUCGGGGGCGCUGAAGAUCCACCAGCGCAUCCACACCGGCGAGCGGCCCUUCGUCUGCAGCCUCUGUGGGAAGGGCUUCUCCAACCGCUCUGGCAUCCGCUUCCACCACCGCACCGUCCACGGUAUCGUCCCAGAGUCCAGCGCGGAGCCCCGGCGGGGCCCGGCUUACCAGGCCCCCUCGUCCUCGGCCCCCGGGGGCCGCUGCCCGAGCCCCGUCGGCAGCCUCGGCUCCAGCAGUCCCUUCACGGAGCACCACGACCCGAGCACCGGCACCCGCACCAGCCCGGCCUCCACCAACACCACGGCCUCGGGCCAGUCCUCCCACUCCAGGCUCGGCGUGGAGCCCGACAGCCAGUCUCACUCCGGAGCUGCCAGGGGCAAAUCGAGCUCCUCUGGUGCCGGUGGUACAAAGCCUCCUGGUGGCCGAGGAGCGAAAGUGCUGAUGUACGCCUGUGAAGACUGUGGCCUUCGGUUUGCAGAUGCCCCCUCCAGGAACAGGCACCAGUCUCUGGAGCACUAUGGCGGUGACGAGGGGGGCAGAGGGGCAGAGUAAGGACAGACCUGAAAGAGACUUAGGACAUCAGAAGUGUACCGUAUGGGACUGCUAAGUGAAAUUGGUCUUUAAAUAAAUCCAAUUUGUUUGGGAUUACAAUUUAAAAUUUGCACUUUAAAGGGGUCAUGCACAUCCUUUUAAUACCAUUAUGACUGAAAAUGAUUUCAACAAAAAGUUUUUACUACAUGUAUACGUACUGUAGUUCCCAGCCUUGCCACUCAGUAACAGUUUCAGAAAUAUGCUCCUUUCAUAUAUAGUGGACAAAAUGUGUAGAGUGUACACAUUUCGUGUCAGUCUAUUUUAGUUGUAUGAAUCGGUUUUAUCUACAUUUUUCCUUGAUGGCCUAUCCUUAGCCUAAAAAUAUAAGCCAUCUACAGGCUGGUUCUGUAGUCUUAAGGAAUGCUACAACAGUUCAAAUUUGAGCCCUUUCGUGCCUUGUCCCGUUUGAGAAACUGAGUGUAAAACAUAUAAAACCAUUCCACCUGUACAUGUUCUGAGGCCUGACUGUUUGAGUGGGUCUUUAUAGGAAAGUUUUGACUUGUGGUUUCUUUUUAUAACUGACAUUUGUGGCAUUUUUGUUUUUAAGUGUACACAGAGUAUGUAAAGACUCUGACAGAAUAACAGAGUUUUUUCUGUUGUGUUUUCAACUUUCAACCUUUACUGUAACUGAAAGACAGACAAGUCUGGACUGUUUGUUGUAUGUAUAAGUGUAGCUCCUGUAUCUUAGGUCAGCGAUUCAAUUUGCAAACCUUCCUUAAACUGGUGUGUUAUUGUCUUGUUUUUAAACUGAGGUUUAAUGUGCUGCAUUUCUGCAUUUCAUAACUUUUAAUGCCAUACUUGCAUUAAAGUACAGUGCAGUGUUUUCAGUAGUAUUAGAGUGCCAUCUUGUGGACAGUGGUAGUCACAACCGCAAAGAUUAUCCAUCCAGUACAAAAUGGAUUCUGUGACCGUUAAAUAUUUUCACUUUGCAGUGGUUAUCUCGCCUCAAUAAAACUACCAAAGCACUUUGAUA